CGGAAUUAUUAGGUGUUGGUGUCAGGAAGCUCGAAGGCAGCAUUUACCGAUCCAAAAUCAAUUUGAGCCUCGGAGAAACGAACGCUCCCAAGCCCGAGGUGCGUUGUAGCAAGCGCUGACACUGUGCCAAAGGUUUCGCAGCGAGGAGACGGGUCUCCGACGGUUGGCUCGCAUCUCCCACCAGACACCAUGAUGUCAGAUAAGACAACCUUCGUCACACAAUGGCCAAAGAUUCGACCCCAUGUCGUGAAACUUCUCCGUCAGCAGGACAUUUCCCAGCCGGAUUGGCAGAACCUGUUCUGGGACAUCCAUUCCGUUUACAUAUGGGACGACAAAGGAGCAGAACAGCUCGACCGAGCUCUACAGGAAGACGUAGCGACCUACGUUCGUGAGGCUCAACGGCGUGUCAUGGACAAUCAAGAGGAUACUGCACUACUCACAGCCUACAUCAGGGAAUGGCGGAAGUUCUUCGCUCAAUGUGGUUAUUUGCCGCUCCCAUUCCGACCGUGUGAUGUUAUGAGCAAGCAGAGAAUGGCGACCAACGCUUGGUAUCCAAAGAAAGGUAACGAAUCGCCGUUCGCUGAGGCCGAUGCGCACGUUCGACGGAUGAUGCUCGUCUCAUGGAACGACUACGUAUUCCAAAAAAUCAGGAAUCGCCUCCAGGAUUCGGCAAUGAAGCUUAUCCAGGCGGAACGCAAAGGCGAAUCUUUCGAAUCGCAGCUAGUCAUCGGUGUCAGAGAGAGUUGCGUGCAUCUGAUCGCGGAUUCCGCGGAAAACCUUGAAGUCUACGUACGGCAUUUCGAGAAACCCUACAUCAACGCCACUGCGGAUUACUAUAAAGUCGAAGCCGCGCGUCAGCUCGAGAAGAACGGUGUUCACGAUUACAUGCGCUUCGCCGAUGCGAAACUCAGGGAGGAAGAGGCUCGUGGAGCCAAGUAUCUGGAGAGCAGUGCCAAUUCAUUAGCUUUACUCAAAGAAUGUCUCGUGGAACACUUGGUAGAACAUUUCAUGGACCAAAUGCUCGCCGAAUGCUCGACCCUGAUCAAGAGCAAUGAUACCGAGAAGCUGGCCCUACUCUUCCGGCUGAUGGACCAAGUUGCGGACGGUCGUGGGAUCACACCGAUGCUCGAGCAGAUGAACGAAUACAUCGUACAGCAAGGCUUAGCCGACAUGCGUGCGAACGCGAGUACAAUCACCCAGGAUUGCGAGAAAUAUGUCGAAGCCUUAUUAGAUCUAUACAAUAAGUUCAGCAGACUCGUAGAAGAAGCCACGGAAAAUGACCCGAGGUUCCUGUCUGCCAGAGACAAAGGAUUCGAGGAGAUCGUCAAUAACUGCAGCAUAUUUAUGAUUGAAAUACCAAACAAACCCAAAAGUAUGAAGACGACGCCGGAGUCUCGGUGUCCCGAGCUCCUAGCCAACUACAGUGAUAUGUUAUUGCGGAAGACUCCUCUCUCGAGGAAGCUCACAAGUGACCAAAUCGAUGCGAAGCUCCACGAAGUCUUGAUACUCCUGCGUUACGUUAAAAAUAAGGACAUAUUCAUGCGGUAUCACAAGCACCACCUGACACGACGGCUGAUCUUAGAAAUUUCAGCCGAUAGCGAGAAAGAAGAAAAUCUCGUGGAGAGUCUCCGCAAUGUGGGAAUGCCCGCGGAUUACAUCAACAAUAUGCAGAGGAUGUUCAAAGACAUUGAGCUUAGUAAAGGUCUCAACAAAGAGUUCAAGGAGUUCAAGGAGCGGCAAGGUGGACAGCAAGGUCGGAGCUCCUUCACCGAUGCGGUCAACAUCAAGAUUCUCAACGUUGGGAGCUGGGCUCGGAGCGCGGACGUCAUACCCGUCUCCCUUCCAAUCGAGCUGGAGGACUUAAUACCGGAGGUAGAGGAGUUUCACAAACAAAAAUACAACGGUCGGAAGCUCCAGUGGCAUCACCAUAUGGCCAACGGAACCGUCAGUUUCUCGAACAGCAUGGGAAAGUUCGAUCUCGAAGUCACCACCCUUCAGAUGGCUGUUUUGUUCGCCUGGAAUCAGCGACCUUUGGAUAAAAUUUCUUUUGAGGGGCUCCGGCUGGCGACGGAGCUCCCCGACUCCGAGCUCCGGAGAACGUUGUACAGUUUAGUUAAUUCCACGAAAAUCAAGAAGCAGGUUAUACUGUGCGAUUUGCAAGAUGUAAAGACUCCCAAAGAUUUCAAAGAGUGCAGCGUGUUCUGGGUCAACCAAGACUUUUGUAUCGUGAAAAAUAACAAGGCACAGAAACGCGGCCGUCUUAAUCUGAUCGGGAGGCUGCAGUUAGCUUCAGAGAAAACAGCGGAGGAGAACCACAAUGAGAUCGCGGUACUCCGAGAGCUGCGUACCGAGGAGGGGAUCAUGAAGCUGAUGAAGAUGCGGAAACGCAUCUCUUACGCUCAAUUGCAAACAGAACUUGUGGAAAUUUUGAAGGGGCAAUUCUCACCCUCGAGGAAGCUCAUCAAGGAAUGCAUCGAAAAACUCAUUAACAACAAUCACGUGCUGCGGAGCGAUCAAGAUCUUAAUGAAUAUGUUUAUGUGGCCUAAUUGGCUGCGUGAGCGGACGCAUUUCGAAUUCCCCGCGGAGCUCCGAGGAAGCACUAAUAAGCUCGUUCCGAGUUCGGGCAAGGUCAGGAGCAGCGUGAAAAAAGGAGGACCACAGGGAAUAUCUAAAGACAGCGGUCGUAUUUUGUUCAUAGGAAUGUUACAUAAGCUAAAUACCUAGCGAGCACAGGCAUCGACCGACUUGAGAAUCCGAGAGGGAGAAUACGUCGGAAGGCAUGUCAAUAAAAUGUUUUGAGUC